AGGGAGGGCAAUCUCGUCCAGACACUAAUAAGACCCAAUGGCCGGCGCACUGCGUUUAAGAGCGCUUAAACGCGAGAGAAGACAGCGGACGGCCAAAACUUCACGAGAGUUACUGCUGAACCGAGGACAAGGAUGCGAUUGACACUCAAAUAAAUUCACAAGGGAAUCUUUACCACGCGGCUCAGAAGAGCAAAGUGCCGGUUGGGUCUGCGUAUUGCUACGAAACUACCGACACAGAGAAGCGAUAGAUAACUGGAAGAUCCUGAAAACACCUGUCUGACGACAGAUACCUCUAUCUCCAAAGGACCAAUAAGGAUAACAUGUAUUCCCAUUUACAUCAAAGAUAUUUCUUUGAUUUAAAAAAAUAGCUUUAUAUAUUGACAAACACCCUCCUACAUCUGAAUCUGUGAAUUUGGAACUUGAAUUAGUAUUAAAGUCAUCCUCAUUUAUUACCCCUGAUCUGGAAUGGACCUGGAACUGAAAGCUCUUCGAAUGCAAACGCGUGACCAGACCUGGGCUCUCAUGGUGGGCUUUGUGGGUCACUGAUACCCGGGUCCCAGAACAUUCCCCAAUGAAGCCGUCCUGGUGGGCACGCCUGGCACCACUCAGCCUGCUGGCAGCGUGCACAUGGGCAUGGCUUGUCCAGGGAUGCGGACCCGGCCCGGGUCAUGGCAUCCGCACGAAGCCUAGGAAACUCACCCCGAUGUCCUACAAGCAGUUUGUCCCCAACUUCUCGGAAAACAACUUGGGGGCCAGCGGGAGAGCCGAGGGCAAGAUCACACUCAACUCUGAACGUUUUAACGAGCUGGUGUGUAACUACAAUACCGACAUUGACUUCAAAGAUGAGGAAAACACCAGGGCUGACCGCUUCAUGACAAAGCGCUGUAAGGACUGUCUGAACAAGCUGGCCAUAGCUGUGAUGAACCAGUGGCCCGGUGUGCGCCUCAGGGUGACGGAGGCCUGGGACGAGGACGGCCACCACCCCCCCAACUCCCUCCACUAUGAGGGCCGAGCCGUGGACAUCACCACCUCGGACAGAGACUCCCACAAGUACGGGCUCCUGGCCCAGAUGGCGGUGGAGGCCGGCUUUGACUGGGUACACUACGAGUCCAAGUAUCACGUCCACUGCUCUGUCAAAGCUGAUCACUCAGUGGCAGUGGAGAAGGGAGGCUGCUUUCCGGGAUGGGCUCAGGUGACCGUGGCCGGGCAGGGACAGAAGGACCUGUCGUCUCUGGCUCCGGGGGACAGGGUGAUGACUUUGUCCGAGUCGGGUCAAGCCGUCUUCAGCCGUGUGCUCUCGUUUCUGCACAGGGACCGCGAAAGCAGGUCCACGUUCCUGGUUCUGUGCACGGAAGACAGCCACUGCCUCGCCCUGACCCCCCACCAUCUUGUCUUCCUGUCUCCUCGCUACAAACUCAACCCCAGUGAGUACCCGGCUCUGUUCGCCAGUCGAGCCAAGCUGGGGGACUAUGUGCUCGUCUAUGUGGCCGGUGGCGUUCAACCAUCCAAGAUCAUGUCUAUAUCUGUGGAGGAGGGGGUAGGUGUAUAUGCGCCACUGACUGAACACGGCACUCUGUUUGUGGAUGGGGUACUGGCCUCCAGCUAUGCAGCCGUGGAGGACCACAGACUGGCACACUGGGCGUUCGGGCCUCUCAGACUAUUGCUCUCCUUCAGCCAGCUGGUUUGGGAAGAGAAGCCACCAGGAGGAAAAACCACCGAGUCCAAGUUAGGUGCCACAAAGAAUACCUAUUGGGGAAGACCAGUGUUUAGCUGUGUGCAUGCCAACAAAGACAUUUCAAGUUACCGUAACAAUCUCACAGUAUCUCUUAUUAGAGACGUUGUGAGGAAUUGUGACACCGUGCAGGAGGAAGUGUCAAACGUGCACUGGUAUGCCAGACUGCUGCACAGCCUUGGACGAAUAUGUCUAGACGCAAAGUCAUUUCAUCUUUAAGGGACCAUUAGUUCAGCACUGGGACACUGCUACUGACUGCUAAUGAAAAACAGUGUCAUUACGUACAUAGAUUUAAAUUGAUGCGUCUACCUUUUUUCACUUGUGCCAUAUCAUUUGUCAUUGCACUGAACAUGGUUUAUUUGCUUUAUUUCACUCACUGGAUUUGCAAUGUAAUUUAUGUAACAAUUUUCACAUGACAUUCAUUUGACAUUUUUAUGGUUGGUUAAAGUAAAUGUAUGUAAAAUAUGUGUUUGUACUGAGAAGUGGUAUGGGCAUAACUGUCUAUAUAAACUGAUUAGUUUCUUAAAUUGUACCGUUAACUCAUUUAAUCUAUUUCCAAGAAAAGAAAUGGUUGAUGUCCAUAUACUUUAUUAUUCCGGUAAAAGAGGAAAUAUUUGCCAGAAACAAUAAAAGCUUUAUUUUUGUACCUUUUGAAUCAUAAUGUAUAAAUGUAGCAAUGUAUUGGACACCUAACUUUUACCUUACUUUUUGUUAUAUCUUUAUUACCACAAGUAAUUAAACAGAUGUAAUAUAUGCUAAAUA